UGUUUGGUGAUGUCAUUGCAAGUCAGUGAGCGGUGAAAUUUAACACCGGCCGGAUUUGCUGGGCUCUUCUUCCAGGGGAAGCAGCCGGCGGCAGUCAACGCUGAACGCCUGAAGUUGCCACCGGCCCCCUCUCACCGACCAGAUUUCCGAAGUGGUACCUGCACCCUUAGCAGUUCGGAGUUGCCUUCUGUUUUCCGUUAGCGCUUCGCUGCAGGGACAAAUGCAUACAAAUGCAUUUAGGAGCCCACAGGACAAGGCGUGGAAAGGUCUCCCACACGGCAAAAACGAAACUGCUUCUCCAUUUUAUUGUGCUAUGUGUGGCAGCGGGUGCUGUUCAUGCACAAGAACAAGGCAUAGACAUUCUUCAUCAACUAGGCCUUGGAGGCAAAGAUGUAAGACACCUAUCAUCGGUGACUGCUGUACCAUCAUCAUCUACACCAUUACCUCAGGGGGUCCAUUUAACAGAAUCAGGUGUCAUUUUCACUAAUGAUACUUACAUUGAGUCACCUCUUUUGAAAGUUCUACCAGUCAACUUAGAACAGCCAUUUACAAUAUUAAUUGGGUUGCAGUCCCAUAGAGUAAACAAUGCAUUUCUCUUCAGCAUUAGACAUAAAAAUAGACUGCAAUUAGGAGUGCAAUUAUUACCUAAAAAAUUAGUAGUAUACCUUGGAGGAAAGCAGUCUGUAUUUUUCAACUACAGUGUUCACAAUGAGCGAUGGCACUCAUUUGCCAUUACUGUUAGAAACCAAGUUGUCUCAAUGUAUGUUGAGUGUGGAAAGAAAUAUUUUAGCAGAGAGACUCUUUUGGAAGUUCAGACUUUUGAUCCUAACAGUGUAUUUACCUUAGGAAGUAUGAAUAAUAAUUCUGUCCAUUUUGAAGGAGUAGUAUGUCAGUUGGACAUUAUUCCUUCGGCAGAAGCAUUUGCAGAUUAUUGCAGAUAUGUGAGCCAGCGUUGUCGCCCUGAGAUAAACCUUCUUCAUUCAACCAUUGUAUCAGCUGAGAUACUGGAAAACUCUCCUUUGCCCAGACAAUUUGGUGAAAAAGUGGUGUCAGAACACACAUUUACCAGAGGCAAAAGCAUCCCAAAUAUCAUAAAUAAUGAACCUGCAAUAGUCCGUAAACAACAAGGACACCAGAUAUCAAAGGCUCAGUCAAAGUCUCUUCAUUCAAGCAAUGUCUCUGCUGUGGAUCAUGUAAACCAUGGAAUUCAGGCCAAAGAAAUGAUCACUGAGGAACAUACUCAGACAAAUGUAAGCCUGUCAGUGACCCGUCAUCUCAAUAAGGCAAGAACAAAUAGCAAGGAGAAAUUUAGUUUUCUCCCAAAUGUGUUUGACAAUGUCACACAACAUAAUGAUAGAGUAACUGGUUUGUCACCAUUUAAGAAGAUAUCAUCUGUUCUUCCACAUAUGAAACAAGAAACAAUUACUGAUCUCAAGAAGGCUAUCACAGCAAAUCUACACACUAAUGAACUCAUGGAAUUACAACAGAUUUUAAACACAACCUUAUACAGAGUGACAGAGGAACCAGCUGUGGACAAUCACCUUGACCUUAGGAAAGAAGGUGAAUUUGAUCCUGAUGCUACCUACUCCAUCGCAAGUAGCUAUGAGACUGACCUUUAUGAUUAUUACUAUUAUUAUGAGGAUCUUAAUGCAAUGCUCGAAAUGGAGACACUAAGAGGGCCAAAAGGGGACACUGGACCUCCUGGUCCACCGGGUCCAGCAGGUAUCCCAGGUCCCUCAGGAAAGAGAGGUCCACGGGGCAUACCAGGGCCACAUGGAAAUCCUGGGUUACCUGGAUUACCAGGUCCAAAGGGCCCCAAAGGAGAUCCAGGAUUUUCCCCUGGUCAAGCUGUACCCGGAGAAAAGGGGAAUCAAGGCCUUUCUGGAUUAAUGGGGCCCCCUGGAAGGCAAGGUGAUAAGGGACUCAAAGGCUAUCCAGGGCUCCCCGGACUCCAAGGUGAACCAGGAAUUCCAGGAUUCACUGGUAAUAUUGGUGUACGUGGUUACCCUGGCAGGCAGGGUUUAGCUGGACCAGAAGGUAACCCAGGCCCUAAAGGUGUACGAGGUUUCAUUGGCUCUCCUGGAGAAGUAGGACAACUAGGACCUGAAGGAGAAAGAGGUGUUCCUGGGCUCCGGGGAAAGAGGGGUCUUAAGGGAAGACAGGGUUUUCCAGGUGACUUUGGAGACAGAGGCCCUGCUGGCCCUGAUGGCAGUCCUGGACUUGUAGGUAGCAUUGGUCCUCCGGGAUUUCCUGGGCUUAGAGGCAGUAUUGGCCCUAUUGGACCAGUUGGACCUUCUGGAAAUCCUGGCCCAAUGGGUCUUUCCGGGAAUAAGGGCCUACCUGGAAUCAAAGGUGAUAAGGGUGAACAAGGCAUUACAGGGGAGCCAGGAGAAUUAGGGUAUCCUGGAGACAAGGGUGCUGUUGGUGUUCCAGGACCACCAGGGAUGAGAGGAAAGCCAGGACCUUCAGGCCAGAUCGGUGACCCAGGACCCCAAGGACCAUGUGGACCUCCAGGACCAGAGGGUUUUCCAGGAGAUAUUGGGAUUCCUGGACAAAAUGGCCCUGAAGGAUCAAAGGGACUCCUCGGAAAUAGAGGACCUCCUGGACCUCCUGGUCUCAAAGGACUUCAGGGAGAAGAAGGACCAAUUGGACCCUUUGGAGAACUGGGGCCAAGAGGAAAACCAGGUCAAAAGGGUUUUGCAGGUGAACCAGGACCAGAAGGCUUAAAGGGAGAAGUAGGAGAUCAAGGAAACAUUGGAAAGAUUGGUGAAACAGGACCUGUUGGUUUACCUGGAGAAGUUGGGACUACUGGAAGCAUUGGUGAAAAGGGAGAACGGGGAAGUCCAGGUCCACUAGGUCCCCAGGGAGAAAAGGGUGUUAUGGGAUAUCCAGGUCCUCCUGGGGAUCCAGGACCCAUUGGUCCACUGGGAUUACCGGGUCAUGUGGGGGCAAGAGGACCACCUGGGAGUCAAGGUCCUAAAGGACAAAGAGGACCAAGAGGACCAGAUGGUCUCUUUGGGGAACAAGGUAUACAAGGUGCCAAGGGUGAAAAAGGAGAUCAAGGAAAAAGAGGGCCCUAUGGUCUUAUCGGUAAGACUGGAAACCCUGGAGAGAGAGGAGUUCAAGGGAAACCAGGUUUACAAGGACCCCCUGGGAGUACAGGAGAAAGAGGACUUGAAGGAGAACCAGGACCACGAGGAUUGCAAGGUGAUGCUGGACCUCCUGGAGAAAUGGGUGCUGAGGGACCUUCAGGUAUUGAGGGUGAAUCUGGUCUGCAAGGCGAACCAGGUGCAAAGGGAAAUGUUGGACCUGCAGGCAAUGCUGGAGUUGCUGGAGAACCAGGGUUACGGGGUGAACCAGGAGCUCCUGGAGAAGAAGGUCUCCAAGGGAAAGAUGGCUUAAAGGGGAACCCAGGAGGAAGGGGUCUUCCUGGAGAAGAUGGAGAAAAAGGAGAGACAGGCUUACCAGGGGCUUCAGGACCCUUGGGUAGGACAGGUCUAAUGGGCCCUCCGGGACCUGAAGGAAUUGUGGGAAUUCCAGGACAAAGAGGUCGUCCCGGGAAAAAGGGUGAUAAAGGACAAAUAGGGCCCACAGGAGAAAUUGGAAGCAGAGGUGCUCCUGGACAAAUGGGGGAAAGUGGUCCUAAGGGUGCCAGAGGAACUAGAGGUGCUGUGGGGCCUUUAGGAUUGAUGGGACCUGAUGGAGAACCAGGAAUUCCAGGAUAUAGGGGCCAUCAGGGUCAACCAGGACUUUCUGGCUUGCCAGGACCUAAAGGAGAAAAGGGUUAUCCAGGAGAAGAUAGCACAGUAUUGGGACCACCUGGGCCUCGAGGUGAACCAGGUCCUGUUGGGGAACAAGGAGAGAGAGGAGAACCUGGAGGAGAGGGCUAUAAGGGUCAUGUGGGUUUACCGGGACCAAGAGGUGCUGCUGGACAACAAGGGCCCCCAGGUGAGCCAGGUGACCAGGGUGAACGAGGACUGAAAGGAGAGAGAGGAUCUGAAGGUCCUAGGGGGAAAAAAGGAGCUCGUGGUCCUUCUGGGAAACCUGGGAUUCCUGGUCUUCCUGGCCUACCUGGGCUAAAAGGCAUGCAAGGAUACCAUGGAGCCGAUGGCAUUUCAGGAAACUCUGGAAAAGUUGGGCUACCAGGAAAACAGGGACUUCCU